AUGAAUUUGUGGCAGCUGCUUCCCACGUCUUUUCUCUCCUUUCUCUCUUUCUCUUUCUUCUGCGUCAAUGGGUUUCAUUAUUAUUUACCAGUACCAGAGGGGUGCUCUCCCACCGCUGUGAUGCACCCGGAUCCGGUGCAGCAGUCGGAUGACGCGGAACGUGUUUUUACGCCAUUUGGGACACUCGCCGGUCGUAAAAAGGAUGAAACUGGAAGUCUGCGUCGCAGACCGCCAGAAGAAUUAUCGUCGGAUUCAGAUUUCAUGCGCAGACAGUCAAGUAUGGAAGGGAAGACGCCAAUCGCCGACACGGCCCUGGCACUAGACUCUAUCAAGCGGGAAGUGGAGAGCAGCGUUGAGUUUUCCUCUUCUUCGCAAAAUCAGCGAUGGGAAGAGUCGUGGCUGGGCAAUUUAUCUCUCUCCAGUUUCUUACGACGCUGGGGAAACGCCGUGGUGCAUGAGGGUGCGGGUUACCAACUGUCAAACUGUGGUAGUGUGUUGCGGCGAUGGGUGCGGCGGCACUUUGUGAUGGCAGGGGCCCUGUUGUACAUCUUCGAUGGUGAUGGCUCUACGGAAAAGUGUUAUGAGGCGAUUUUGCUGCACCGCGCGGAUGUGCAAAAGAAAUUUGUGAGUGGCCAUAACUCCAUCGUGAUAACACCAGUGACGUCGCAGACGUCGUCGGAGCUCGGCGUGGUGGAGUUUCCGAGCCUCACUAUGUUUGUGGAUGCCAAGCAAAUGCUGGAUGUCUGGUUUGUCGCCCUGCAGAGGACGAGCGCCGCGCCUUCUUUUCCCGGCUCCGCAACGCCGCAACGGGCGAAAGCCUCUUGCGGCUACUUGAACGCCAUAAAAUGCACACAGACGGAGCAGCAGCAGCAGCAGGUGGGGUGUGCAGCGUCAAUGCCGGAUGUGGUGUCGCAUGCGGAGGACGCCGUGCCUUCUUCCCCUUCUUCUCUUUUUCCUGUUUCUGCUUUGGCUGGUGUCGCCAGCAUUGAAAGCAAAGCCAGAAAAGAAGGCAAGGAGCGUGGCGUGGAGGAGAAUCCCCGCCAAGAACAGCAGUCACGAAGGACUUCAACAGUCAUCAACGAUGGUCCGACUGGGAAUGAGGACCGCGAGGCGAUUAUUGAGGCGUAUCUUCAGCAGAUCCAACACACGACAGUGAGUGCUUCCAUUCUAAAGGCGCGUCUACAACGUCUGGCGGAGAAGAAAGACAAACAACAGCUUGGAGAGCUGCUUCUACAGUUCAUAUUGAACCGUGUGAUCGACGCUGCCGACCUGUGGGCACUGCUGGAUGAGGUGGAGACGUUGUCGGAUAAGAUGCUGCAAACCCCUGCCACAUCAACGGCGAAGUAUCCCUCAUAUUGUUGGGUCAAAGAGCCAUUGGUGCUUUCCGGCACACCACCAGGUCGUGUUACCUGCGAAAUGGCUGCGAUAACAAGUGCUGCGUGUUCCAUGACGUCCGAUCCCAUUGAGCGGCGCGUGUCAUCCAGAAAAAAAUGCGAAGCAGAAAACAAGGAAGAGAGAGUAGACAAAAUGACCAUGAAAAACACGCAGGCUGAUGCUUUGUUGCCCCAUGCUGCGUCUGCUGCAUGGCGUCAGCGGAGACGACGUCUACACGACCGCCGCGGAGUCAUUGAUAGUAUUCUUAGCGAGCUAUCGAACAUCUCGUGA